AUGAAUGAGAAUCUAAAUCUACAAAAACUGUUGAAUAACUAUCUUAACCCAACCAUUGACAACCUCUAGAUUAUUUAUUCCAAAUUACAGCAAUUAUAAUAUUUUAACUCCUUCAUUGAGAAGAAUCUUAAAGGAACAUAAAGGGAGAGUCUAUUAUAUUUAUGCGGCAAAUUCAAAAUGGAACAUUUCAAAGGAGGAGAACAAAUAUUCAAAGAGGGAGACAAGUCAAACGACAAAUUAUACAUAAUAUUUAAUGGGAAAGUUGCAUUGAUGAAGGCAAGACCCUAGUAAAUCUAAUAAUCAAUCGAAAAAACCCCUGAAAUUUAAAAAACACCUUCAGUCCCACAAAAUUAGUUAGCCAAGCCUGCUCCAUUAAUACCUCAGAAGACUAUAAAUGGUAAUGCUACUGGCACAAACUUUUUCAAAUAAUUGGCUUAUUCUAAGAGGUUUGCUGAUAAAAUGAAAGGUAAUAUAAUACAGGGUUAGACAAAUGAGAGAGUUUAAAUAAGUCAAUAAGAAAUUUAAGUUUUAAAUGAGAAAUAUGGGGAAACUAUCAGAAUAUUAAAGAGAGGGGAAGGGUUCGGGGAUAAAGCUUUAUUGGAGAAUGUUCCAAGGGCAUUAACAGCUUGUGCUUAUACUUAAGAUUUAUUUUUGCUGAUCUUGAAAAAAGAUGAUUUCGAUUUAAUACGACAACAAUUCAUAUAGCAAAUGAAGGAAAAGAAAAGUUUAAUAUUCACCAAAUUCCCUGUCUAAGGAGAUUAUUCAUCAAAAUAAUUAGAACAUUUAGCAUACAGUUUUGAUGUUGAACAAUUUUAAAAAAACUGUGUUUUAACAGUAGACGGACUUCCAAAAAAGUCUUUCUAUUUAAUUCAAUAUGGUGAUAUCCUAAUCGAAAAAAUGAUAAAUGAUUAAAUGACAAAGAUUUGUAUUCUAACUAAGGGGUAAUUACUUGGAGAAGAAAUAGUUAUGAAUGAAGAUGGCUGUUGUGAAUAUAAUUCCAUUGUUCUAUCAAAUGAGGCUACUGUAAUGGUUAUCCACAAACAUGAAUUCUUAUAAAAGUUUCCUGAAGAAUGCAAAUUGUGGGUUAAGGAAGAAUACUAUAAAAAAAGUAAAUUCAGAAAAAUGUUUCAAUCUAAAAACAUGGAAAGUGUAACUGGAAUUGGAAAACCCAAAUUCACCACAGCUAAACAAUUCAUAGAUAUUAAAAAUAAUUAAAUGAAGAUUAAGAGUAAAGAGGUUUAAGAGAGAAUUGAUAUAGGAUCUCUGAUUGAAGAAAAGAAUUCCAUUUACUUUUAAAAAUAUCAAAGUGAUCCAGAAAAGGAUGCAACUGCAACAUUAUUUGGAUAAGAUUUAUAUUAAUCUCCUAAAUUGGGGUUCAUCCCAAGAUAUGAUAAAAUUAAUAACAUACCACUUAAAGCAUUUAAAGAAUAGUAUCUAAAGAAAUUAUGUUCCAAAAGAAGAAGACUAGAAUUUAUAAGACCUCCUCCUUUAACUGCAAGAACCUUAUUAACUCUGUAAACAAACCAAUCUCAGUACUUAACCAAAAUUCAGCAUACACAUACGCAUACUUAAUCUACUGUUAUCAAUUCAUUUACUCCAAGUCUCUCUUAAUCACCUAAUUUUACAAAUAGUAAAGAAAUUAAUUGA